AUGGCUCCUACCCGGAGUGUUCUAGGAUUUUUAAAUCCAAAAACCUUUAGUACAGUUUUUACAAAUUCUUUAUCGAAACCAUCGUACCGGUUUGUGCAUAAAUGUAAUAGCUGUGACCGAUUUUUGGGCGGGCCUGGUAUAUCAGCGGUGUCUGUAGCUCAUAAAAAUUAUAAUUUCGGGAAACAUCGGUACAUUCAUACAUCUAACAAUCUAUACGCUCGGGCGGACUAUUACAAAGUUCUGGGCGUGUCUAAGAACGCUUCUGCCAAGGAUAUCAAGAAGGCUUACUACCAGCUUGCCAAAAAAUACCACCCUGAUGCAAAUAAAUCUGACCCUGAGGCUUCGAAGAAAUUCCAAGAAGUGUCCGAAGCAUAUGAGAUUCUAUCAGAUGAGAACAAACGCAAACAAUAUGAUACUUACGGAGCAACAUCAGAGCAGAUGGGAAUGGGUGGUGCCCCCGGAGGUACUGACGGUUUCACCCACCAGUGGCAGUACAAGUCCACCAUAGACCCUGAGGAGUUGUUCCGGAAGAUAUUCGGUGAUGCGGGAUUCAAGAGUGAGGCUUUCAGUGAUUUCGCUGAGAGUCAAUUUGGUUUCGGAGGAGCUCAGGAAGUAAUAGUUAAUCUCCGGUUUACGGAAGCAGCUCGUGGCGUGAAUAAAGACAUUAAUCUGAAUGUGGUGGACACCUGUCCAAAAUGCCAGGGUUCCCGCUGUGAGCUCGGCACGAAGGCUAUCAAAUGCACAUACUGCAAUGGUACUGGCAUGGAGACAUUUUCCAGAGGUCCAUUUGUGAUGAGAUCCACAUGUAGACAUUGCCAUGGUACUAGAAUGCUGAUUAAAUUCCCCUGUGUUGAGUGCGAGGGAAAAGGACAAAUGGUACAACGCAAGAAGGUGACAGUUCCUGUGCCAGCGGGCGUGGAGGAUGGUCAGACGGUGCGCAUGUCCGUUGGUAACAAUGAGAUCUUCGUCACAUUCAAAGUGGAGAGCUCUGCGUACUUCCGACGAGACGGGCCCGAUGUUCAUACAGAUUGUACGAUUUCAGUUGCACAAGCCAUAUUGGGCGGAACAGUCAGGAUACAGGGUUUAUAUGAAGAUCACACAAUACAGGUAACGCCUGGCACAUCGUCUCACAGCACGAUCCGUUUGUCUCGUAAAGGAAUGAAGCGAGUCAGCCAGCACGGUUACGGAGAUCACUACGUACAUAUAAAAAUACAGGUCCCGAAAAGUUUGUCAGCAAAGCAAAAAGCUCUCAUGUACGCGUACGCUGAGCUAGAGGACGACACGCCCGGACAGAUCCACGGCGUCUCCUACGAUAGAGACGACAAAACCAAAAAUAACGAUAGCCAAAACGAACAAAUCCAUCACACGAACCGCGAUAGCGAGGAUACGGGCGAAAAGGGGAAAGCUUGGACGUUUUUCGACAGUAUGAUAGAUGCGUAUCGCAAUAACAAGGCUUUCUUUGUCACCGGUUUUGUGGUGACAGUCAUCGCUACUUUACUUUCCAUGGCUAACGAUCCUUUUGAUAGGCAUGGGGUUAAUGAAUUCUUGUUUAAGGCAGAAUCGAAUCUUGGUAGAGAAAUGGAUCGUCCGCUAGGCUAUGAGAGAGCUAUAAAGAAACAGAAAGAACAGUUAGGCGAAUUGUAUGAUGCGUAAAAGUUUUAUUGCGGAAUGGAAUAUUGUGUAUUUAGAUUGUGAUAGCAUUGACCGAGAUAUUGACAUGUAUGUAUUUAUAUGGCACAUGUAGGGUUGCCAAAAAAAUAUUAUUCUAAUAAAGAAUGUAUGAAAGCCAAAAAAAAGAAGAGGAAAGUAUGUUAUGUAUGGCAUUUAUAUAUUAGCUGUUUACUAUUUACGGUAAUUAGUGCGACUAAAGCAUGUUUCUAUUUAUGGUAUAUUUCAUUAUGAAUAUAAAUAUUUUUAAUUGUUUGGCAACCUUAAACACACUGUAGUAUAAACUUGGCCAUUUAACACAAGACUAUGGAUUAAAAUUGAAAAAAAAUAUUCAAUACUAUCUUUUUAAAUAUUAUUUAUCUUGUUAAAUCAUUUUAUUGUUGUAAAUACUUAUAAAUUUAAUUAUUACUAUAAGUGCUUCAUCUUUGAGGCUGAAUGUUACCAUUAUUUUUAUUGAUAUUUAACACAUUCUCUUGCAUAAAGUCCUAAGAUUUCGCUUCAAAACUGGUUUAACAUUACACUACGAAUUUCAGCAUCUUUUAUUACUAGUAAUUAUCAAGGGAAUUAAUAUCGCAAAGAUGUGAUUGUACGAUUAAGUACAUUUUUCCAAAGUUUUGUCUUACCAAAAAAGGACAAAAUUAGUGUGAAGCCGGUUUCUGUUAUUGCUUGUUUCACUUCACAUAUCCAUUAGUAUACAGUAUUAAGAAAUUAAUUUUUAAAACUUGUAAUUUUUUUUGUAAAGGUAGGUUUCCAAUCCUCGCGUCCUAGCGUUGCCGAUGCGUUCCUCUGUCUGUCUUAUUGAAAGCAGUGACGCGCACAGGGUCACUGGCUUCCGAUAAGGUAGACAGAGGCGCGUGUCGAGUUUACGUUUGACGCAAUGAUCGGAAGCACACCUUAAUAGUUUUUUAUUUGGCUAAACAUCAUUGUGAAACAAGCACCCUGUAUUCAAAUCUGGGUCAUUAAUGUUUGACUGAGCCUAUCAAGUGAUAAUGGAUAUAGUAUGAUGGUAAUAUAAUUUAUUGUAAAUAUUUGUAUGAAUACAUUGUUUUCAUGUAA